GAAUCAUACAUUGGGGAUUAAAAAAAAACACCCAGGAAGAUACAGUAUUAGUCAGUGGUUGAAUAUAGUUUUCACAGGUAGUUAAACGAAGUGACCGCAGGACGGCUAAGGGUUUAUUUUAGGAUGACGGUCACGUACUCGAGUCAAGUGGCCAACGCCACCUUCUUCGGUUUUCACCGACUGUUACUGAGGUGGAGAGGUAGCAUUUACAAACUGCUCUACCGGGAAUUUCUUGUUUUUGUUCUUCUUUAUUCCAUCCUUAGCAUCAUCUACAGAUGCGUGCUCACAGACCCUCAGAAGCGUUUCUUUGAAAAUCUUUCUAUCUAUUGUGACCGAUAUGCUGAACAGAUCCCCGUCACCUUUGUGCUUGGUUUCUACGUUACGCUGGUGGUGAAUCGCUGGUGGAACCAGUUUCAGAACCUGCCAUGGCCUGACCGGCUCAUGAUCCUCAUCUCGAGCUGCGUUCAGGGCAAGGAUGAAAAGGGACGGAUGUUGCGGCGGACACUGAUGCGCUACGUCAACCUGACCUCACUGCUCAUCUUCCGCUCAGUGAGCACUGCGGUGUACAAGCGUUUCCCUACCAUUGACCACGUGGUGGAUGCAGGCUUCAUGACAUUAGAGGAGAGAAAGAUCUUUGAGAAUUUGAAAUCACCGCACCUUAAAUACUGGAUCCCUGUGGUAUGGUUCACUAACCUGGCCUCCAGGGCGAGGAGAGAGGGCCGAAUACAAGACAGCGUGGAUCUUCAGGCCAUUCUUAAUGAGAUGAACAAAUUCAGGGCCUGGUGCUCUACUUUGUUUGGAUACGACUGGGUCGGGAUCCCAUUGGUUUACACACAGGUCGUAACGCUGGCCGUCUACACGUUCUUCUCAGCCUGCAUCAUCGGCCGACAAUUUCUUGACCCAGCACAGGGUUACCAGGGACACGAUCUUGACCUUUACGUGCCCGUCUUCACAUUGCUGCAGUUCUUCUUCUAUUCCGGGUGGCUUAAGGUGGCAGAGCAGCUCAUAAACCCAUUUGGAGAGGAUGAUGAUGACUUUGAAAUCAACUGGUGCAUUGAUAGAAACCUGCAGGUGUCUCUGAUGGCAGUGGAUGAGAUGCAUAUGAACAUCCCCGAAAUGACGAAGGAUAUUUACUGGAACGACCCUGAUGUACGGCCACCGUACACCCGUGCUUCCGCAGACUACUGCAUCCCGUCAUUCUUGGGCUCCACUACUGACAUGGGUCUUUCUGAAAUAUUACAGAAUGACAACGUCGAAAUCAGCAACCCACAAAGGGAGGCCACCGUUCUGUGCCGCAUGCGUCGCUUGCUGAGCGUCCAGGAGCCCAUGGAUCUCAAAAUGCGGCCGUCUUUAAAACGUCACAGCAGUGACAUCUCCAGCUUCUUACCACAUCGUCGAGAACGGCAUUUCCUCUCCAGGGUGGAAGAAAACAUGCAGACUGACUCUAAGCUCCAUUUCAACGCAACCUUCUACCCUCUUGCCACCGUCAACGAGGUGAACAGCAUCUCCUCUUCUCCUGUAACCUCAAUACACACUAUUUCUCCCAACAAUACGCCUUCAGUAGUGGACAGCGAACUCCAACUGGGAGACGACGGUGACGGCGUUGUACGGGAGCAGACGGGACAGCGAUCUUCAUUAGAGUCAGCACCAGUCCAGGAGCAUUGUGAUAGGAAUCUUGGAGAGGAGCCGAACACAGCAGGAGGAGUCACAAACACAGAACCCAGGAGGCUUAGCUGCUUUUCUCUAGGAAGUAAGAAGAAAAUGAUCCGACUGUCAUUUCAGUCGUCGAGACAGAGCUCGAUAAGCAGUACGAGGAGUGAUCCCACACAGCUACGGCGAACAUCUGAAACUGUGGACUCGACCAGCCAGGAUAAAGAACAGAGACCAAACCAAGACGUCUGAAAGCGGCUCUUUGAGAAGCUGGAAUAUUUACUCCAAACUCAGGUGACUGAUCAUAACGGCUUCUAGGUGUGCACUGUGUCCGCCGCGUCCAUACAGAAGUCAUCGUGAUGAACCACAACGUGCGAAGAUUUGUAUUUUCCUAUGUUUAUAU